GCCACAAUGCAAGCAAUAGUGAGUACAAUUCGCGAUGUUAUGCAGUACAAUUCGUUAUUUGCCCAGCAGCUUGGCUUGACUGCAAAUCCGUCGAAGAAUGUUGUUGACAACCCAAUCUAUCUGUGCGAUUUGGUUGGCUCUCUGGUCAGCGCUGAUUCGGAUGACCUGCAAAGUUUGAUGGAAGAAGAAAGUGUAAGUUAG